AUGUCUCACCUUGAAUGGCAUUACAUCGCCCUCCCUGUACCGUCACCCAGGAGAAAGACUUCUGCCUUAGUCUAUCUUGAGCUUGAGCUGUCGCAAUUCGAUGAUGUCGACACCGUCGAAUCCCAAAACAUGCAUUACAUGAACUGGAGCAACCAAAUCAAUACGGCAAUCGACGACCAAGUGCCCGUCCACCAGAACGAUGACCCCGAUCGCACUCCGUAUGCCUCCCCCAUCAUCAUCGUCACUCCUCCACAACCGAGGUUGAUUCCGCAGAAGCUGGAGCAAGAGGAUGAGAUACCGGGAGACCUGUGCCUUAUAGGGAGUGUCAGAGAAGCCACGGGGACCAAUCAGCCUAGUGAACGAGACAAGGUCACCAUCCCGAGCGACUAUCUUCUCCAUCUCGUGUGGGAGGACCAGCACACCAACUUCCUCGGUCUAGAGAUUGAUGGGGAAACGAACAUGUCGCUUGAACCUCUUGACCUCCCGGUUCCGAGCUGGUGA